AUGGCCGCUCGAAAGCUCGGCACUGCCGGCCACCGCAACCUCAACCUCGAGGAGAGAGUCAAUCUGAUGGAAGGCGAAGACGCGCUGAGCGAGACCGAUAGCGAUCUGGAUGCCAUCCCGCGCAAGAAGAAUGGCCAAGUCAGCUUUGACGACUACAUCGACUCACUGGAGAAGGAGGAGGUGGUGCACGUACUCUCUGACACGGACGAGGAAGGCACGAAGAAGCGCAAGCGUGGUGAGCGCAUAGCCUUUGAUGAUGAUGAUGAGGAUUCUGAUGGUGCUUACGAGAAGUUCAAGGCGAGGAAGUCUGAGAAGCGAAAGAAGAUGCUGGCCAGUACGCGGAGAGCGAGAAUGAAUGUGAAGAACUCUAGUAUGGUCGGACGUAAGCCGAAAAUUGUCAUCAAGGUGAAGGAGAGCAAUGCCAAGGGUGCGAAGGUGUAUGGCGAGGAGACAGACGAGGACGAGGCACUUAUGGAGACCACACUCCCAGACUAUCUCAAGCAGCGGAGGUCGAGCUGGGACGAGCGGCGAGAGAAGCUGGAGGGGACGGCUGGUCUCCAGUUGCCACCACAGUAUGACGACGUAGACUUCUCCGAGGACGAUCGUAUGGGGAAUCUGGCAGAGCGACCUCGACUAUCGCCGGCUAUGUUGCAAUGCCCGUACGAGGACGUCCAGCUUCGCUACUCGCUCGGCAUUGUGCCAGCUCCCAUUGCGCAGUACCUUCGGCCGUACCAAAUCCAGGGGGCGGAAUUCCUGCAUGAGCUAUUCGUGUACCAGAGAGGUGCCAUUUUGGGAGAUGAUAUGGGUCUCGGCAAGACUAUCCAGGUCAUCGCUUUCUUGACGGCAGCCUUUGGGAAGACAGGCGAUGAGCGCGAUCACAGGCGCAUGCGGAAGACGCGGCGCAUGGGUGACGAUCGAUGGUAUCCUCGCGUCUUGAUCAUUGCACCUGGCUCUCUCAUGGCGAAUUGGAAGGCUGAGCUAGACCGCUGGGGCUGGUGGCAUACGUACGUCUACCAUGGCACGCCGAAGGAGAAGGAGGCGGCUUUGGCUGCUGCGCACAAAGGACGUCUGGAGAUCAUGAUCACGACAUACGACAGCUAUCGCAUCAAUCAAUCCGCCAUCAAUGGUAUACGCUGGGACGCUGUAGUGGCUGAUGAGUGCCAUAAGAUCAAAGAGAUCGGUGCCGAGAUCACGAAGGCGAUGAAUGGCAUAAAUGCCCUAUGUCGCAUCGGCAUGACAGGCACUGCCAUUCAGAACAAGUACGAGGAGUUAUGGACUCUGCUCAACUGGACCAACCCAGGACGCUUUGGGCCGAUCAGUGUCUGGAAGCAAGCCAUCUGUCUACCGCUAAAGCUCGGCCAGAGUCACGAUGCCACGAUCUCCCAGCUCGCCAUUGCACGGCGCACUGCGAAGAAGCUGGUCGAUAACCUUCUUCCGCCUUUCUUCCUCCGCCGCACAAAAGCACUGAUUGCACAUCAAUUGCCGAAGAAGAGUGAUCGAGUAGUCUUUUGUCCUCUCACCGACACACAAAGCGAAGCGUACAACAACUUCUGUGACUCCGAGAUCGUCCGCACCAUUCGAGAGGCCUCCAAUCCAUGUACCUGUGGCUCCGACAAAAAACAAGGCUGGUGCUGCUAUACCCACGUCGACGAUACGAAGUGGCAGCACCACGUCUUCCCAACCAUCGUGACAUUGCAGAAGCUUGCAAACCAUCUUGCCCUUCUCAUACCAUUAGGUGAGGCUGAUAAGGAGCAGCACGACAAAGAUGUGAAGAAGCUCGAGGCUGCUCUCCCGGAUACGUGGAGAGACCUUUAUCGCCAACGUGACAGCAUAGUGACUUACGCCAAUCAAGACUUCUGCGGCAAGUGGCGUGUGCUCAAGAAGUUGUUGAAACUAUGGCACAGUAACGGAGACAAAGUUCUAGUCUUCAGCCACUCUGUUCGCCUGCUGAGGAUGCUCAAUAUGCUGUUCAAAGCAACGACCUCAUACAAUGUCUCCUACCUCGACGGCUCGAUGCCGUACCCCGAUCGGCAGGAGACCGUCGACACCUUCAACUCUGAUCCGGGUCAGUUUGUGUUCCUUAUAAGCACCAAAGCUGGUGGUAUAGGCCUGAACAUCACUAGUGCAAACAAGGUCGUGGUCGUUGACCCAAACUGGAAUCCUUCCUACGAUCUACAGGCGCAAGAUCGAGCAUACAGGAUCGGACAGACCAGGGAUGUAGAAGUGUUCCGACUUGUGAGCAAAGGCACUGUCGAGGAGAUCGUGUACGCAAGACAGAUCUACAAGCAGCAGCAGGCCAAUAUCGGCUACAAUGCAAGUGUCGAGCGAAGAUACUUUAAAGGCGUGCAAGAUCAGAAGGAGAUGAAGGGUGAGAUCUUCGGUCUCGCCAAUCUUUUUGCGGCAGUGGCAGAGAAUGUGGUCUUGAGGGAGAUCGUGAACAAGACUAACAUCGCCGAGACUAGAGCAGGAGUCGAGAUAGCUGGUCUCGAUCUAGAAGCUAGCCAAGAGUCUCCGGACGGCGAAGAUGAUGAUAGCCUCCUACCCAUUACCAGCACGAGCCGCGCCUCAAGCGCGGGUGCAGAAGAUGAAGCAAUGUCCCAACUUGCCCGCGAGAUCAUCGAUGAGCCUUUGGGCAAGCAGAAGAAGGCAGCGGAGAGGGCGAAGAAGGAUCCGGUGUCUGCUAUCUUGGCCAGCGUGGGCGUGGAGUAUACACACGAGAAUGCUGAGGUGGUGGGGACGAGCAAGAUUGAGAUGAAGAUCUCGAGUCGAGCGCAGAAGGCUGGGAAUGAUCUCGACUUUGAUCAGGAUAGGGCUUUUGGCCGGGCUGCGCUGUCGCAGGAUACCGGCGGUGGAAGUCGUGGUGAUGGUAAUGGCAAGCUUCGGGGUGCAGCUAGUGGUGGGGAUGGUGGCGAAGAGGAUGAAGUGCGCUAUCAGUAUCGUCCGCCUGCGGACGUGCGAAGGAGGCAGUUCUGCUCUAUGGCGAAAAUAGCUGGAUAUGCUGAGGAUAGAAUAGAGGACUUUGCGCUCGUGGUUGAAGGCUGGACGCAGGAGAAUCGGAGGGAGUUCUUGGAGAGUUUUUAUGCUGGGCGCAGGAAGGACUUAGAGAAGUACUGA